AUGCGUCAAGCUACAUCUAUUGCUCUCCGCGCUCGCUGCCUCUUGCGCACACCACAGACUAGCCGCACUUUCUCAACACAAAGCGGCCUUCGCUCCGCCGAUCAUGGUAACCAUUACGAUCCGCCCAGCGGUUGGCUUUUCGGCGUCAAGCCUGGUGAAAAGUAUGUGAAGGAAGGAUGGGAGAAUAUUUGGUACUUCGGUUUUAUUGGAAGCUUGGUUGCCGCUGGUGUUGCAUAUGUCUUCAAGCCAGACACAUCGAUACAAACAUGGGCCUUGGAGGAGGCUCGCCGACGAUUGGAAGCAGAGGGUAUCUUGGAGGAUCCCGAGAAGGCUCAGAAAUAA